AUGGAACACUCGGAGAGUAGCACCAGCAGCAACACUCAGAGAGAAAGUUUCCGUGUCGGAAGUUAUGUACUGGGCCAGACUCUGGGCAAAGGAAACUUCUCCAUCGUGAAGCUUGCACGUUGCCUUAAAACCGGAAACAAUGUGGCCAUCAAAAUUUUCGAUAAGCAUGCGGUUCUCGCCAAGCAACCCCAGAACGAGUUGCUGAAGAUGGAGCUAAACUUAUUGAAAAUGAAAAUGAUUAGACACCCUAAUGUGGUGCAUGUGCGUGAGGAGAUACAUUCAAAAACACAGUUCUUUAUUGUAACGGAGCAUGUAACUGGUGGGGAACUGUUUGAUAAAAUUACAAACACCGGGAGAAUGGAAGAACCCGAAGCAAGAAAAUAUUUUCAGCAGCUUAUACAUGCUGUGGAUUACUGUCACGGUAAAGGUGUUUCCCAUAAAAACUUAAAGCCGGAGAAUCUGUUGGUGGAUGCUGAUGGAGUACUUAAAAUAAUAGAUUUUGGCGUAAAUAUGCUGUCCCAACAAGUUGGAUCAGAUGGAUUGCUUCACACAGCACGUGGUCUGCCACAUUAUAUCGCCCCAGAGGUAAUGAACAUCGGCUAUGAGGAUGCAAAGUCUGACAUCUGGUCAUGUGGUGUUAUUCUUUUUUUUCUAUUGGCUGGAUAUUUACCCUUCAAAUGUAACGACACUACCAUUUUAUGCCUAGAGAUGUUUAAGGCUGAUUUCACAUUUCCUUCAUUUUUUUCUCCAAGUGUAAAGAGACUAAUUGAGAGAAUCCUUGAUCCCAAUCCAGCUAGACGGAUUGCAAUUAAAGAUAUCUUGGAGGAUGAAUGGUUCAAGAACGAGCCUCAAUCCCAACAAUUAAGUGCAAGUUUUCAUGAAGAUUCACAGGGUCCCGGAGAACCGGAUUCACAGAACCCUGUAGAACCUGUUCCCAAGAAUGCAUUUCAGAUAAUGCGUGCCUAUCUUGGCUUCAAUCUUUUAGGAAAUCUGCUUAACAAGGUACUUGGUAAAAGGGAAACAAGUUUCGUAUCCAAAUGCUCCCCAGAUGAGAUAAUUUCAGGGAUUGAACGAACUAUAGCUUCUCUGGGUUUUAAUGUUAAGGAGAGAAAGUACAAGUUGAAGAUUAAAUUGGAAAAGGAUGAACAUAAAGGUCAUCUAUCAAUAGUUACUAAGAUCUUUAAGGUGAAUCCUUCCCUUUUCAAGGUUGAGGUUCGAAAGAAUGGAAAAAAUACCCCUGAUUUUGAAGAGUUCUACAGGGAUCUAUGUGCUGGGCUGCGUGAUAUCAUUUGGGAAGAGAAAUCUGCCAACUCAAAAAGAGAUGGUGCAAGACCAGGUAUUGUGGAUAAACAUAGUCGUCUAGUAGUCCAGGUAAAAGCGAAGAAAAAUCGGUUGUAUGAACUGGAGCUAAAGAUCUUGCAAAAACAGUGCUUGAAGCAAGAUAUGACUAGCAAAAGCUCGGAUAAUUCCAUUGAUGAGGUACAUGUAGCACGUUUGUUAACAGGUGUAGAAGAUGUAAAAUUUGAAGAAGUUGUGCUUGAUGAAAGAUUGAGGAAAGCCAUAAAUGAGGAGAUACAAUGUCUAGGAAAUCUAAAUUGGAUACUUCAAGAGCAAGUUCUUAGCAAGGAGAACCACCAUUAUAGUGAAGUAGCCACUAACAAAUCGAAUUUCAGAAACAAUAAUGUUAAAGUUGCUAUAGACCCCGUAGUGACAACAAAGUUAUUGGAAAGACAACCAGAACAAAAAACAAAUAAGCAAAUGUUAAAGACAAAUUGGUCAAGUUCAAAAAGAGGAUUACCACAAUGA